AUCUUUGAUAGGCUGCAGCGGUGGAUUGUGGGUAACGCGUCAGCCAUAUCUGUCUUUCUGUGCCGGUUGAAGGAUAUCACUGGAGUCAUGAGAGGAAUCCGGUCUCUUAACAAUCUCCCGAAACGUUGCUAUGCCGCUGCCAGGAGGAGCCAAGCGUUGUCCGAACCCCUGGCGGGCCGCGCCUCAUCCUCGCCCGCGCCUCUCCCCCCCCAGGAUGUGCAGGUGUCCAAGCUUCCGAGCGGUCUGGUGAUCGCGUCGCUGGAGAACAACUCCCCGCUGUCCAGCGUCGGGGUGUUCGUGAAAGCCGCCAGUCGGUACGAGACUGUGGAAAACCAGGGCGUCUCCCACGUGCUGCGCCUGGCUGCAAACCUGACUACAAAGGGUGCGUCGGCCUUCAAGAUAUGUCGCGGUGUAGAAGCACUGGGGGGCAGCCUGAGUGUGACGUCGUCAAGGGAGACCACGGUCUACACUGCAGACGUUUUGAGAGAUCACCUAGAUUCGUUAUUUGAGUUUUUGGUCAACGUGACCGCAGCUCAGGACUUCCGUCCAUGGGAGGUGGACGAUCUGACGUCCAGGGUGAAGAUCGACAAGGCUCUGGCUGAGCAGAGUCCUCAGAUAGGUGUAAUCGAGAAGCUGCAUGAAGCGGCGUACAAAAACGCCCUGUCCAACUCUCUGUACUGCCCGGACUACAUGGUCGGUCGCGUCUCCUCCACACAGCUGCAGGCCUUCGUUGAGGAUCAUUUCACCACUGGCAGAAUGGCUCUCGUAGGACUUGGUGUGAAGCACUCCGUCCUGAGGCAGAUGGGGGAGGGGCUCCUCAGUGUGCGCCGGGGGGCUGGAGCGCCUGUGGCGAAGGCCGUGUACCGCGGAGGUGAGCUGCGAGUGCAGAACAACGAUGACCUGGUGCACUCACUGAUUACCAGUGAGGGGGGUGUGGCGGGCAGCGCCGAGGCGAACGCCUUCAGCGUGCUGCAAAGGAUCCUGGGAGCUGGGCCACAUGUAAAGAGGGGCUCCAAUGUCACCAGCAAACUGAGCCAGGGUAUCGCCAAAGCUACCACACAGCCCUUUGACGCCACAGCCUUCAACGCCUCGUACUCUGACUCCGGCUUGUUCGGCGUCUACACCAUCGCACAAGCUGACUCUGCAGGAGAGGUGAUCAAAGCUGCCGUCGAUCAGGUGAGAGGCGUGGCUGAGGGAAAUGUGUCUGAGGCCGACAUCGCCAGAGCAAAGAACCACGUGAAAUUUGACUACCUGAUGUCAAUAGAGAGCUCUGAAGGUCUGUUGGAAGAGAUUGGAGCUCAGGCUCUGGCCACCGCGGCGUAUCAGCUGCCGGAUGCUGUUCUCCAGACUAUAGAUGCUGUCACCCAUGACGAUGUAGUCAAGGCUGCAAAUUCAUUUGUGAAUGGCAAGAAGACCAUGGCCGCUAGAGGACACCUGCUGAAUACACCGUUUGUGGAUGAAGUAUGAAGAUAAAAUCAAAGAACGGUUGUCGUUAACUUGGGCACGCUGUGCCUGGCUGCUUCAAAAGGAAAGGACCUCAAAUCCACGGCAUCCAGCAGCAAUUCAUUUGAUGUCACCAAUCAUCUGUAGUCUGUCCUGUAUGCGCCAUCGGAGAGCCAGGGGAUCAUAAUGCAAUCUCACUUUUUUUUGUUUCUUUGGUCAAUUUAUUUGUGUAUCUAUGUAAAUUAAAGCCAGUAACAACCUGU